AAACUAAUUUAAAGUGGGAGGUAGCCCAGUGUGCAUGGUUUUAUGGUAUUUGAAAUAAAUCAAUAUGUAUAGCGUAUUAACGGCAGUGACUUUUUUGUUCAUAUUCUGCGAUGUUAGCUACUACAUCAGAGCACUUGGGGUCCUUUUGUUCGGUAGAUUGUAUUCAAAGAAAUGCAAGAUAUCUGAAACAACAGUUCAUUAUGGCAUCUGCACAACCAGAGACGUUGAUAUCUUUUUGACGCACAUGAGCAAUGCUCGAUUCCUUCGAGCGGUGGAUUUCGCCAGGCAGCACUUCUACGACCGGACUGGCAUUUACUCCAAACUGUUUAAGAGCACGACCUUCGUGAAGGCUUCCACUAUUCGUUAUAGACGACCGAUUGCAUUGUUCAGCCCUUAUAAAGUGGAGACCAGGAUGCUAUGCUGGGAGAAUCAGAUAAUGUACCUGGAGCACAAGUUCAUUACUCUGAAAGACAACUUCGUAAGGGCAGUAGCUCUCUCGCAAAUCUAUGUGGUUGGCGUCGACUUGCCAACCGCCAUGGAGGAUAUCCCGGGUGCAGAGGCCUACAAGACUGCCCCUGAGGAAGUCACGCAGUGGUGCCAAUUUCUUCAAGCUUCGAGCGCCAGGCUUAGGAAAAAGGAUUAAUUCAUUUGAAUCUUCAUUUCGUUCAACUCUUUAAGAAAGAACAUAACAUCCCGGUGCUUGUGCGUGUUAAAGUUCCCUUUGGUUUUACGAGAUACUAUAUACAUACACAUAUAAUCACGCCUGUAUCCCAUAAAGGGGUAGGCAGAGCACAUGAACUACUUAGUUUCAGUGCCACUAUUGGCAAAAAGGAUACUAUAUGUAGUUGAUAAACUAAUUGUAAACGAAGGACGUUUACCUACUUAGUAUUUGUUUUCUAUUAGUAGGAAAUAAAAGAAAAGUAUAGGUUUUUGCAAUUUUAUUCGUCAAGUAUAAAAUCACCUUUAAAUAAAUAAAAUUUGUUCAGA